AAACCCAUUCAGAACUCAGCGGCGAGCUGGCCGCGUGCGCUUCUCCUCCACCACUCCCCACGCCGCCGAUCCCUAAACCCCUCGCGCCGCCGCCGAUCCCUAAACCCCUCGCACCGCCGCCGCUGAUCCCAUCCUCGGCCUCCUCCUCCGCCGCCGCCGCCUCCUCCCAUGUCCCGCCGCCCCGCUCGCUCCCUCCUUCCCCUGCUCCGCCGCCGCGGCCUCCACGAAUCCACCACCCGUUGGUCCUUCACCUCCGUAUCCGUCCCACACGACGCGAUCUCCUCCACCUCUUUCCCGUGGCCGCCGCAUUCCCUACCUCCUACUCUGCCGCCGCCCGAUCCCGCCGGGACGCGGUGGUCAGCGUCUUGGUCCCCCGCCUCGCCGCCGCUCUCGCCCUUCACGGCCGCUCAGCUCCGCGCUGCCGUCUCCUCGAUUGCCGCCUCCCUCCUCGCGCUCCCGGGGCCCGACCCAGACCCGGCGCCCGACCUCCACGCCCACUCCUUCCCGACCCUCCUCGCCGUCUCGCCUCUGGCGUCGCUCGAGCUCCUCUCGCUGCUCCGGCCCAAGCCGCUGCUCGGCCUCGCCGUGUUCUCAUUCCGCCGCGCGCUCUCCCCGGCCCCCGCGCUCGGCGAGUUCGCCCUCGCUAUCUCUCUCGCGAGCCGUGCGCGCGACCCCGACGCGGCGGCCUCGCUCUUUGCCGACGCCACCGCCGCCCACUCACCCGACCAGGCGCUCUACAACGCCCUCAUGGCAGCGUACAUGCACAACGGCCUCCUGGACAACUGCCUCAUGACCUUCCGCGCGCUGGAGAGCGACCGGCGGUGCGGGCCGCCUAAUGUGGACUCGUACAAUAUCCUCAUCAGCCUCUUCGGUCGUUCCCUCCUCGUUGACCACAUGGAGGCCACGCUUGGUUCGCUAGAUGCUUCUGGGCAUCCCCGCACGAUUGGUACGUAUAAUGCAAUCAUCGCUGGAUACGUCACUGCGUGGAUGUCGGACAAAAUGGAAGCAGUGUUCCAGGAAAUGUUGUCGGGUCAUGUUGCUCCAGAUGCUACUACACAUCUCUUGAUGCUGAGAGGAUAUGGGCAUGCUGGGAUGAUCUACAAAAUGGAGCAAGCUUAUGAGCAUGCUUACAAGUAUGCUGGAAAGGUUGACAUUGUGCAUAUACGUACAAUGCUAUGCGCAUACUGCAAGUUUGACCAUGUAGAUAGGAUUCAAAAGAUUGAGGAGUUGUUGCAGAGGUUGGGUCCUGAUGACUACAGGCCAUGGCUACAUGUGUUGUUAAUUAGGGUGUAUGCUCAGGAGGGAUUGGUUGAGGGGAUGGAGCUGCGGAUCGCUGAGGCACUGGAACACAAUGUCAUUGUCACCACAGCGAAGGUGAUGCGGUCCGUAAUAUCAAGCUAUUUUCAGUGUGAUGCGGUCGACAAACUCGCACAUUUUGUCCGGCAGGCUGAGGAGGCCGGUUGGAAGCUGUGCCGGAGCUUGUACCACUGCAAGAUGGUGAUGUAUGGGAAGCACAAUCGGCUGGAAGAGAUGCACAGGGUUUUGGAUGAGAUGGAAUGUUCUAAAUUUGGCAGGACAAAGAAGACAUUUUGGAUCAUGUACAAAGCAUAUGUUAGUUGUGGGCGAAGGACUGAGGCCAAUACUAUACUAGGCAUGAUAUGGAAGCACGGAUUUGGACUUCCUCGCAGUGUAUCUGUUCAAUAACAUGAUCUAUCUGCUCCACCUGUUGGGGAAAAUUUUGCUGUCUUGACAAGGUAUUUAAUUGCUACAUUAGGCUGUUAACGCCAUAUGCGGUUUUGAUGCCUUUGCUGCUUGAAGAGCAAAAUGACUCCACGUGAAACUCAGAUCGCCAAAGUACCUGGAACUAUAGAGGUGAGCGGCUGUAUCUAUGGAAUUUAGGACUUGAACAGACUGCUGAAGUUGAUCGAGACAUGUUGCCUUUGCCACGACAUUUGAAGCUGCUGCUUUUUCUGGCCCGUUCUUGCUCAGUACAUGCAUCACAGAUUCACAGCAGCCUGUAGGGGUGCAGAAGUACUAUUUGUGGGGUUUGUCAAGAAGAUAAACCAUGCUUACAGAGUAGAUGAUUCAACCAAGAUGAGGUCUGCAGUGCAUCUCUGCUUCUUUGUUCAAACUCCAUCCUUGAUGGCAAGCAGUCUGAGGUGUCUUCUUGCCUGGUGUUGCAGUUCCAGCUUUAUCAGUUGAAGGUACUACAUGGAAAUUGUGGCUGGAUGUUUGUUCUGUUGCACUUGCAUCUCGUGUUAUCAUACAAGCUGUUGACAAAUCAGUGCUUGGCAGUAAAUCUUUGGAGCUUCACUGUCCUCAAGCAAUCAGCACUCUGCUUUGGAACUCUACAAUACAAUGGUGCCAGAUUGCCAGGUAACUCCACGUUCAAGCUAAGAUCAAUGGCUUGCAAAGCAUUGGUAAACCAGAAAGAACUUUGAUGAUUUCAUAGCAGCUCAAAUGGUGAUACAAACAAAAGGUACAUGAGCUUGUCCAUCAUGGUCGAAUGAAAGGAACCAAACAUAUUGGAGAUAGCACUACAGAUCUGCAUAUAUAUUCGUUAGGAUCAUUAGUGGUGCCGCCAUGGCACUUCCAGGUUCUCUCAUUUUCAGGCUAAAGCAUGACGUAUAUAAUGUUCUGCCUUUUUCCCACAGAUUGACAUUUGCACCAGUUUUUAACGUGCGUGCAAUGAUUCUUUAGCCAAUCAUACAAGGUGUACUCAGCAGAAAUGCAGUUGUCAGGCGUGUCUCAUAGUUUUUGUCUUUGUUCCAUGUAUCUUAGCCUCUCCUUUUGCAGCUGCAAAUAAUUGUAGGCCUCUUGUCUUAUUGCUUUCAGAUUGGAAUCCAUGUGUUCCAAUUUGUUUGGUCUUCACACUCCUCUUUUGUCCUCUUGUAUGACCUGGAAUGCAUCAGUAAGAUAUAUCAUGCUCUUGCUUUUCAGCACUUUAACUUUCCUGUAAAAAAAAGAAGCUAUACGAUUCAUUUGUGAACGAACUUGUCUGGAAAUUCCCGUCAGUGAAUAAAGUGAGUAUACAAUCUUUCUA